AUGCUCAACAUUUACGAACGGGGCGAGAUCAUCGACUACAACGAUGUCUACUUCUGCGGCACUCAGAAUGCCAACAAGGUCGUGGGCGACUUGUCAUCGGACGCCCCGAACUUUGGCUACGACGAUGAGCGCGGAGAUUAUUCGAUUGUGAUUGGCGACCACCUUGCGUAUCGGUACGAAGUCAUCGAUGUCCUCGGAAAGGGAAGCUUUGGCCAGGUCGUUCGCUGCAUCGACCACAAGCUAGGAGUUCUCGUUGCCGUCAAAAUCAUCAGAAACAAGAAACGAUUCCAUCAGCAAGCUCUUGUUGAGGUUAAUAUUCUGCAAAAGCUGCGCGAGUGGGAUCCUCAUAACAAGCACAGCAUGGUCAACUUUACCCAGAGCUUCUACUUCCGUGGCCAUCUUUGCAUUUCCACGGAACUUUUGGACAUGAACCUCUAUGAGUUCAUCAAGGCUCACUCUUUCAGAGGAUUCUCUCUGCGGAUUAUCCGGCGCUUCACCAAGCAGAUUCUCAGCUCUCUGAUCAUCCUGAAGCAGAAGAAGGUCAUCCACUGCGAUCUUAAGCCGGAGAACAUUCUGCUGCGCCACCCUCUUCACGCCGAAAUCAAGGUCAUUGACUUUGGUUCCAGCUGUUUCGAGAGCGAAAAGGUCUACACGUAUAUCCAAUCGCGCUUCUACCGGUCACCCGAGGUGAUUCUGGGCAUGACUUAUGGCCUGCCGAUUGACAUGUGGAGUGUGGGCUGCAUCCUCGCCGAGUUGUACACUGGUGUCCCAAUCUUCCCUGGUGAAAACGAGCAGGAGCAGCUAGCCUGCAUCAUGGAGGUCUUCGGCCCCCCUGAGAAACACCUCAUUGAGAAGAGCACGCGGAAGAAGCUCUUCUUCGACUCCAUGGGCAAGCCCCGACUGACAGUCUCGUCCAAGGGUCGCAGACGACGCCCCUCGUCCAAGACUCUCCAGCAGGUGCUCAAGUGCGACGACGAAGCGUUCCUUGAUUUUGUCGCGCGGUGUCUCAGAUGGGACCCUGACCGGCGACUGAAACCUGAGGAUGCUGUGCGGCAUGAGUUCAUCACGGGAGUCAAGACGCCCACCCCUAUUGCCCGCUUGCCAAUGCGGGAGUCAUCCCCCGUGAAGCGUCACAACACGAUAUCCGUGUCUCGUCCUCUGCCCGAUCCGCCUGGCACCUCGAGCAAGCCCGGCUUGGGCGCCAGCCCCGGCAAGGCGGUCCACGGCUCCAUGCGUAGAGCGUCUGGAGCUACGGGCGCC